AUGACUUCGAAUAACAGGGACAUAGCGGUGACCGUUACGGCUUUCUACUUGAAAAUUAUCGGCUUCUGGUUAGCUGACACUUACGAGGAGAAACGUCGAAGAAAAUUCGCGCAGAAUUUCACGAUAUUUAUGCUGGUGUGCGCUGUGGUAAUUGAGACGAGGGAUAUCUAUUACACCUGGGGUGAUUUCAGCAUCGUUGUAUACAUAAUGUGCAACAUUCUAACACUGGGCAUAAGUUUGUUCAAGAUCUUUCUCUCGAUGUGGAGUAAGAAAAAACUUUUGGAAUUAAUUAAAUUCGCCAGAACGAAUUUCUGGCAUUCGGAUUAUGACUCGCAGGAGCAAAUUAUUGUGAACGAGUGUAAACGCACUUGUACAUUCCUUAUAUGCGUGUUUAAUUUCUUCGCUAAUGGGACAGUGUCUGGAUACAUAAUCAGGCCAAUUGUAGCAAGUAUUGGAAAAAAUGAAUCCGACAGGUUACUUAUAGUCAACUUCUGGAUUGACCUGCCGAUAACCAUCACACCAUACUAUGAAAUAUUAUUUACGAUACAGAUUUUUAUCAUAAUGUACGUUUGCAUAAGCUACCUUUGUAUCGACAAUUUUCUGUGCAUGAUCAAUCUACACACAGCUACUCAAUUUCGAAUAUUGCAAUACAGACUGUCGAAUGUGUGCGGUGCAAACGAACGUAGCGAUAAAAUUUCGAAAAAAACACCGUCCAAUUCGGACGAAUGCUACGCUAAGUUCAAAAAUUGCAUUCAACAGCAUCAAGCACUCAUAGAAUACUGUAACAAACUUCAAGAGGUGUUCGGUAUAUUUGUGCUUGCACAAGUGUUGCUCUUCAGUUUGUUAAUGUGCCUCGAUGGAUAUUUGGUGAUGGAAGAUACUCCCAUUAUGCAGCGCCUUACUUUCUUGUUUCACCUAACGGGAUGCCUGUGCCAACUGUUGAUGUUCACCUACAGCUGCGAUUGCCUGAUACGAGAAAGCUUGAACGUGGCCAAUGCUAUAUACGACUGCUCGUGGAUUCACUUGCCAAUGGACAGAUCUGGGCGAAUGCUGCGAAAAGAUUUGACAUUCGUCAUUGGAAGAUCUAGAGUACCUUGCUGUCUCACUGCUUGUGGAUUCUUCCCUGUGUCACUGGAAACGUACACUUCGAUUUUAAGUACCGCAGCGUCAUACUUCACACUGCUACGAAACCAAGAAGCAGAAAUAGUUGAAACAUAG